AAGUAAACACUCAAAAAAUGAAUAGGCCGUAGGUGGUAUUUGACUUCAGCUUAAAAAAAAAAACUCAUCCAAUUGUCAUUCUUAUCCUCUUUCUGUCCAAUCUGUCCAUUGAUUGUUCUGUUCUACUCAAAGUUUGACCCAAAGGUACAACACAGAUUAAAUGUUGUAUAUUUAAUUCUAAUCAACCAUUGAAAGAUGAUGGAAAAUGUGGAAAAAGUGGAGUCCGUCACAGAUGCUCGACGUCGGGUGCUUAACAUUGCUGUUUCAACUGUUCUUUUAGAGACUGGAUUUGAUUCAGCCGAUAAAAUGUCUCUAGAAACACUUACCGAAAUGUUGCAAUGCUUUUUCACAGAAGUAGGAAACUCUGCUAAAGGAUACUGUGAGCUUGCUGGGAGAGUGGAGCCUGUGCUUGGUGAUGUGAUGAUGGGCCUAAUAAACAUGGGAAUUAGUCUUCAAGGCCUUGAACAGUAUGCAGCACGACCAAACAGACAUGUCAUACAACCACUACAACAAGCUCCAGCACCAAGGACACCCGCAAUGCUCUCGGCAGGAUCUAAAGCUAAACACGCCCCUCAUAUACCAUUCCACCUUCCGCCACUACCAGAUCCUCAUGCUUAUAUUAGAACACCAACACACAAACAACCAGUAACAGAAUAUGAAGCCAUCAGAGAAAAGGCAGCCACCCAGAAAAGGGAUAUAGAGAAAGCUCUCACUAAGUUCUUAGCAAAAACAAGUGAAACACACAACCUUUUCAACACGGAAGAUAAUCAAGUUUAUCCUUUGAUAGCUUGCAAGCCAACAUUUCCUGCCUACCUACCAUGCUUGUUGCCAACAGAUCAAGUUUUUGAUUUUGAUGAAUUGGAAUAUCAUUUCCAAGUGGCCAACAGAACAGAAGAUAUGCCAGCAGAUAAAAAAGAAAAUUCAGACAAUGAGGGUGAUAAUGGUGGUGACAAUGAGAACGCGAAUAAUUCUCAGGUUGAGAAUCAGGACGCCGCACCAGCAUCGAGCCCCGACCGAGGGAAAUCUGGGGGAUAGUGGUUUUAGAUUUAAGCGAAAAAUUACUGUUUUAUAAGCUACAUUAUAUUGAAAUCUGUAUAAGUUA